CAUCAGGAUCAAGCCCCGGCAGGUGCAGCGGCGCGGGCGACGCUCCCAGAUGGCCACGAGCUUUACAGACCCUGCUGUCUCCAUGGAUUUGCUGCGAGCUGUUCUGCAGCCUAGUAUUAAUGAGGAGAUCCAGACUGUCUUCAAUAAAUACAUGAAGUUUUUCCAGAAGGCAGCAGGUAACGUGAGAGAGAACGUCGGGGAGGACGUGGAUCCAGAGCAGCUCAUCCAGGAAACGUGUCGGAGCUGCCUAGAACAGGCGAAGCUGCUGUUCUCGGAUGGCAAGAAGGUGAUCCCCAGACUGAGCCAUGAGCAGUCAGUGCCAAAGCGUGCCCGGCAGGCAGAAGAGGAAGUGAGUCGGCGAGGAAGCCCUGUUCCCAAAAAGAGGAAGGGGCGGCCUCCAGGGCAGAGCCUGCAGAACGAUCGUGGAGCUUCGGGUGUGGCUGCAUGGAAGCUCAAGUCCUGUGAGCCAGUGCGGCGGGAGGGGCCGAAGUGGGAUCCAUCCCGACUGACUGAGUCCACGACCUUUGUGCUGGGAUCCCGAGCAAACAAGGCUCUUGGGAUGGGCGGGACCAGAGGGCGACUCUACAUCAAGCACCCCCACCUCUUUAAGUAUGCGGCCGAUCCACAGGACAAGCAUUGGCUGGCAGAACAGCAGCACAUGCGGGCCACGGGGGGCAAGAUGGCUUACCUCCUCCUAGAGGAGGAUAUUCAGGACCUGGCUGCCAGUGACGAUUACAGGGACUCUGUUGACUUGAAGCUGGAGGAACUAAAACCUUUUAUCCCGCCUGCAUGGAUGACUGAAAAGAUGCAGAAGUACAUGGAGACGCUUCGCCGGGAAGGGGACCCGCAGCCUCCAGAGGGAACUCAUGAAACAUAAGAAGCCUCGCCCUCCCUCCCACACGGUGUCACGGCAUGGACUGGCGCAGGAGCGUCCUCAUUUUCCUGUGUUUCACAAGGCAGAGGGGCUGUGGUUUCAGUGGCCUGGGUACCAGCAAGCUGCCCCCAGGGGAAAGCAGGGUAGCAGCUGUAAUUGAACCUCCUGGGAGCUGUUGGGGCCAGUCCCCUAGUUGGUGGUGGCUGGCACAGAAAGCAGAGUCACUGGCGGUUUCCUGCUUCUCAUCAGAGCUGAGCUUUCGCUUGUGUGAACUUCCUGUUUUGGAUCCUCUCCCUGUACAAACUGAUUUGUAAUAAAUACACCUGCUGUGUCUA